GAGCCAUUCGGAAGCAACUCGCUGCCUUCCUGGAGGGUUUCUACGAGAUCAUCCCCAAACGCCUCAUCUCCAUCUUCACGGAGCAGGAGCUGGAGCUGCUCAUCUCGGGGCUGCCGACCAUCGACAUCGACGACCUCAAAGCCAACACCGAGUACCACAACCCAAAACACCUCAAAACAGCCCAAAACCAGCCCCAAACCAGCCCAGAACACCCAAAAAACAGCCCAAAACCA